AUUGACGCAUAAUUGUUGACAGUGAGUCCGCUGCCGUCGCUCUGGUUGUUUCUCCGCCAUUUGUUGUUGUCAAUCACUUGUUUUGUAUUAAGUAUUUAUUAGUUUUUAAUAAAAUUAUGCCACCUAAAUUAAAGUUUGCUGAAGGUGAAAAAGUUUUAUGCUUCCAUGGACCAUUGAUUUAUGAAGCAAAAUGCCUCAAAAGCUCUGUAACUAAGGAUGACCAUGUUCGUUACCUAAUACAUUACGCGGGAUGGAACAAAAAUUGGGAUGAGUGGGUGCCAGAGAGUCGUGUGCUUAAAUACAAUGAGGCUAAUGUACAACGACAGAAGAAGGUGCAAAGAGCACAUUCUGCACAACCUGUUAAAACCAAGAAAACAACAGCUAAAGGCCGAAAGUCAGAGGCUGCUAGCUCAACACCUGCACGUGAGGAGAGAGCUUCCACACCAGCUGGUAAAGACUCUGAGAGUUCGUCCACUGCUGCUAAAGCAUCGAAGACUCAAAGUAAGGACACACCUGCUGAUUCAGGAUCUGAUCAACCUAAGAAAAAACGUGGUCGACUCGAUUUGUCAAUCGAGUCCGAGGAACAAUAUCUAGCGAAGGUUGAAGUGAAAAUUAAAAUCCCCGAAGAACUAAAGGUAUGGUUGGUGGAUGAUUGGGAUGUGAUAACCAGGCAGCAAAAACUCGCCAUCCUACCGGCCAAAUUGACAGUCGAACAAAUUGUAGACAAUUAUUUAGCAUUUAAAAAGUCAAGUAAAUCACACAAUCAAGCGAAAGAAUCGGUCCUCGUCGACAUCACAGAAGGUAUAAAAGAGUAUUUCAAUGCAACAUUAGGGUCACAGCUUCUAUAUAAGUUCGAGAGGCCCCAAUAUAGCGAGAUUUUGCAAGACUACCCAGAGAAGCCCAUGUCGCAAAUCUAUGGUUCAAUACAUCUAUUAAGAUUGUUCGCCAAAAUGGGCCCAAUGUUAGCAUAUACGGCGCUCGAUGAGCGAUCAUUGCAACAUGUGUUGUCGCACAUACAAGAUUUCCUUAAAUAUAUGGUAACUAACAGAUCUACAUUAUUCAAUCUGCAAGAUUACGGAAAUGCAACUCCUGAAUACCAUAGAAAAGUGCAGUAGGUCAAGAAUGUAUUGAUGGCUUUUUUUACUUGGCGUAUUUAGUAAAAUGAUAGGGACGUGUCUAUUUAUUAAAAUUUUUUUAACAAAAAAUAAAUAAUAAUCCUACUGACUUAAUAAAUGUGAAAAUUUGUACAGUUUUUCUGUCAUUGAAUCAUAUUUAAACGGAUUUAAAAGGAACUUGGUACACCAGAUGGGCCUACCUUAGAUAAAAACAUAGGUAUGUUUUAUUAUACUUUAUCCAUGUAUUAUUUAUCCUUUUAUUAUAGAGAUUUGCUCAUUCUAUGAACUGUUACUAUAAAAAGAUCUGUCAAGAUUGUUUACUAAAUAUGCCAUGUAAAAAGAACACUAGUUAUAAUAGGUUAUACAGUAGGUUAAGUUUUAUUAUAUAUGAUUAUUUGCUGAAUAAACUGACUGCGUCUUUA